UGCUGUGUGUGUGGACGGACUGAACAUUCCUCAUCUUCCUGGGCACGAUAGCAGAGGAACGCAGCGACGAAACGAGCCGAAGACACGACGGAUUCACACACCUCACGAGACUUCCCAUGAGCACCUAAGGUCGAUGUUGGGUCGCGGUGUGAAGCGGAAGUGGAGCUGCCUGGAGGAGCUGGAGGCCGAGAGCCUCCCUGCUGCUGCAGAGAAGGAGAAGAAUGGGGAGGAAGGAGGGGGAGAUGAGGAUGGGUUCCUCGUGGGUCCGUCCAAAUCCGACAUGAGCCACCUGCAGCAGCGUCAGCUGGUGCUCGGCCUGUGCAUGGAGAAGCUCCAGGGCUACCAGGCCGGGAUGGAGCUCAGCCUGCGUCGCUCCGUGCUGCUCAUCAAUACGCUCAGGCAGAUCCAGGAGGACAUGCAGAGCGACGGGGUGGGGACCUGCACAUCCCAGGUACUCCUGAACGGGGUCCACCCUGACUCCAUGCCUGUUACGUGCCCCGGGUGUGCAGAGAGCGAUGAUGGGGACCUGUCUCUGUCACCGCCACUUUCCCCAGAAUUCCCCUCUCAGGAGGCAAACAGCACGACCGACCAGCAGAAAUCGCUACCUGCUGCGGCGAUCCACACUUUUAGUGAUGCAGUAAACGCCAUGGGCUACCUCAGCGACCUCGCCCUGGACGACAUCUUUGAGGACAUUGACACAUCAAUGUACGAGACUUCAGAACUGCCCUCUGCCUGGGUAACAGGCUCCCUGUGGCCAAUCAGCGUGUCGCUUUGGACGGACGAGGACGUGAAAAUGCGCUCUCCUAGCCACGCCUCGGCUGGGAGUCUGCAGUCAUGUCUGAUGGACCUGAAUGAGCUGGACCACAUUAUGGAGAUUCUGGUAAAGUCCUGAUCACCAAUACAAACUACUGCACAUGGAUCAAGGAUCUGGGUCUGAUUACAGCCGCUCCAGCUCACAGUGGAGGCUGGGAACGACUGAUUUGAAUUUGGAUUUUUAAGGCUCCAUAUGAUAUUCUAGUUGAAAAUGUGUUUUAGGGUUAACUUAUUCAUGAGGAACCAUCCAACAUCUUGAGUUAAGUACAUGAACUUGUGCUUCAAAUUAGACACAAAUAUUUGUUAUAGCAGAUGAAUAAUCCAGUUUAAAAUGUCUCAUUAGGAAACAUGAAGGAAACAUCCACUCUUAAACACUUUUAUACUGUUUUAGGUUGUUAGAACUCAGGUGGAUAACUGGCCAAACACACUUUAAGUUAUUAUAUUAUUGUUGACAUUCAACAAGGAGAAAUGCUUUUUUGAACAGACAGAGAGACCAAUUCCUGGAGUCACAAUAGCAGGACACAGAUCAGAUAGCUCUGCGGCUUCAGCACAGGUUGUGUUUUGAGUAGUGGGUCGAUAAUCUGUAGUAAAAGUAGAUGAGGCACGUCUAGACAAAGUCGGUACACCAAAAGUACAUCACAACACUUGUAAGGUAACAGCGGAAGAGCAUCUAAGGUGGAUUUUUUUCUUAAUUUGGUUAAACUGUAAAUGCAGAUGGAGCCUUGAAAUGUCCAGUCUCUCAGUGUGUAUGCCACUUUUCUCCUAUGUUUUAUUAGGUUUGAAUAAAAGCCACAUCUCUGAGUGAAAUCCACAGCUGAGGAAGAAGGAACCUGAGCUGCCAUGGUUUGGGACGCACACGCUCAGGCUGUUGAGAUCAGACCCAGGUUGAUUAUUAAUUGAAAUCCCUUCAAUUACUCAAGAGGGUGUGGGCUUCAGCCAGCCAGGAGGGCAAAGGCCGGGUUUUCCUUUCAGUAUUGAGACUAAAUGUUUUUUUAUCGCUCAGUGUAGGAUCUUUAAAUUAGACAUCAGCCAAAACUCUUUGUGGCUGUGUUCAUGCAGCAGUCAGAGGGUGGACAGUCUUUAUAUUUGGGCUUGUGAAAAGGAGAACGUGGCCACUGAAUUUGGGGAUUCACCAGCCAAAGAAGUAAGUUUCCAAUCCCUGUAGAAGAAUGCCACGUUCACAUCGUUUCACAAAAAGCGGGAAAAAGAUGACAUCUUGUUGAUCCGUUACAGAAACGAUGAAAUGUAAAUCUGUUUAUCUAAUAUUAUUCUUAUUUAUGAAUGAAAAAAAACAAACAACAACCACAAGCUGCAGCAGAUACUAUUUGUAUGUAGAGUCUAUUUGGGUGUGAGUGUAACUUAUAAUUUAGAUUCUUUAUGAUCUUGUCGACUGUCGAUGUAUAUGUCUACUUCUUUUGCACCAUUUGUGACAUCAAAUGGGGCAAACUAUCAGAUCCUGUAUGAGAAAUAUCCUUUCACCAGACGGUUGAUGUGAACAGUUUUAUCCUUCUCGGCAGCUUGUAUUUACGGUAAAUCCAACAUGUCAUGAACGCCGCAUAAAACCUGUAUUUUAAAUAGUAAUGUAAUCACAGUCUGGUUCUGACUAAGGAGCUGAUCACCUCAAGUCAACAAUCAGAACUACUUUGCCAUGUCUGUUGUAAAUGACAACAGAAGCCUAUGUAUUAUUAUGGCAAUGAUGGUAUGGAGUUUUAUUGCAAUGUUGGGAGUUUUCAAAAACUAUUUUAUACGUGUUUCUACCUGAAACUCCAAUCACCUGUCUAUGAGAAGAGAUACAGUGAGUGAAGGGUUGCUGCAAUGGGCUGCAAUGAAGCAGAUGUUGGACCUUCAUUAUCUGUGGUUUACUCCUGUACUACCUCCUGAUGUCUGUUGUUGGUUUACCUGAACACUCCUUUCUGUCACUGAUAGUACCAUUUACAGUUUUUUUCCUUUUUCAUCCAUUUUAACUCAGCUGAAAAUCCAAUCCAAUGGAAUCCAGUGCUUUCCUGUCACACCAAAGCAAUCCGUCCUCAUCUCAUGUCAACAACGUGCCUUACUACUGACCCUGAUUUUUUAUUCGCGUCGAGGUUUAUGUGCUUCUCUGAGCUCCAGCUUCAUUGAUAAAACCCUAAGAACUGUGGGGAAGCACUAAAAGCCCAAACCACCAUGGUUUCUUCCCUCUUCUCUGCCUUUUUUUCUGUGCUCGGUGAACACUAGUGGCAUAUGAGCUUAAUGUAUCCUGACAGGAUGACAGAAAACUAGCUGAGGGAGGAGGUGGCAGUGAGGGCCAGGAGGGAAAAAGAAGAGGAGGGGUGGGAGGAAGUAGCUUGCGUCACUUGUUCAGUAGGAGGGGUUUAGAGCUUGUUUUGCCCAGACUCAGACCACCGACCAAUCACAUGAGAUGUACGAGGAGCACACUGCUGCUGCUCCAACAACAACUUGUUUUUGCUCCUAAUGGCUCUGCACAGAAAUACAGUGUGAAUCUGUUGGAUUUCAGCCUCUGAAAUAAAACCACUUCUCUUU